CAGACAUAGCUUUUUAUCAUCUACAGAUCCGGUCAGUCUUUUGGCGACUUGUUUUGCACAAAAGACGGGCCGAUAAGCAACGCCCACUUUAAAGCCCUGACCAGUAAAGAUUUGGUGGACCCGUUUCAAGGUUUGGAAGCUUACACUCCACAGUCUGGAAGUGGGAAGUUGGGACUUUUUUUUGACUGAUUUUUCAAAGAGAAAAAUGAAUUGUACAAGAGAGAAACAACUGCGGCUGAUAAAGCUUCAUUUUUUUCUCUUUGGGACUCUCCUCUGUUCCCUCUGUCAGCUGGCUGUCAGUGCCAGACCGGGUUUGCCUCAGAACGGAGAGAAUUUCAGGGUGAAAUUAACAAAGAUACUUGAGGUGGAAUCUCUCACUCCAAAGCAUGAUUAUGAUCCCCAAGAUCAGAUGCAUGUGGUCGAUGAUGUGGAAACAACCUCAGAUUCCAACAUACCCACCACUACUGAGUCUCUAUUACUGCCAGUCACAAAAGGGUUUAUCUCUGCAGCCUCUAAGCUUCCAAAAGAAAGAUCUACAGCAGCUCCAGCUCCUCCUGCACCGACCAUCCAUCAUGCUCAUUAUCCUCUAGAUAUCUUUUCCACUGAGGACCGCAGACAAGGCUGGGUGAUCCUUCACCUCAUUGGGAUCAUUUAAAUGUUUGUGCUGCUGGCAAUCUUGUGUGAGGAAUUCUUUGUUCCUGCUCUCAGGGUAAUCAGGGACAAGUUAGCCAUCUCCUAUGAUGUGGUAGGAGCCACCUUCAUGGCUGCUGGAAUAUCCACCCCAAAGCUUUUGGGUUUCUUAAUAGGAGUCUUCAUCACCCACGACAAUGUGGAUUUUGGCACAGUUGCGGGCUCAGCAGUUUUCAAUGUUUCCUUUGUGAUUGGAUUGUGUGCUUUGUUUUCUCGGCAAGUUCUCCACCUGUCCUGGUGGCCUCUAUUAAGAAAUGUGUCAUUCUACAUAUUUGACCUCAUCGUACUGAUCAUCUUCUUCCUGGACAAUGUCAUAAUGUGGUGGGAGAACAUGAUGCUGGUGGCUUGUUACACUCUCUGUCAUUUUCAUGAGGUUUAACGCGCAAAUAGAGCACAAACUCAAAACCAAACUCCACAAACACAAGAGCAUUUUCAAAGCUAUUGCUGCAGAGGAACCUGACAAGAAAUCCAGAAAAUUCUUUGUGAUUGCUUUCCUGGGCUCUGUUGUGUGGUUUUGUAUCAUCUCCUACUUUACUGUAUGGUGGGGACAUCAGGUGGCUGAGACCAUCAGCAUCUCAAAUGAGAUUAUGGGCCUCACUAUCUUGGCUCCAGGGGCCUGCAUUCCUUAUGUUAUUGUGGCUCGCAAAGGCCUGGGGGACAUGGCUGUGUCCAGCUCUGUGGGCAGUAACAUCUUUGAUGUCACUGUGAGUCUACCACUCCCAUGGCUCCUGCGUUCUUUAAUCCACGGUUUGGCUCCAGCGGCUGUCAGCAGCAUUGGGCUCUUCUGCGCUGCUAUGCUGCUCUUCUUCAUACUUAUCUUUUUCAUCAUUUCCAUAGUUUGCUGUAAGUGGAAGAUGAAUAAAGUGCUUGGUUUUACCAUGAUCAUGCUUUACUUUACCUUUGUGGUUCUCAGUGUGAUGCUUCACUAUCAGAUCAUUGUCUGCCCAGUUUAAAAUUUUUAUACCUCUAUUACAUGCUAACAGAAAAAGGCUUAUGCCUUUUUAUAUGUACACUAUAUGAUUUGUAAACCAAAGUAUAGCCUUUAACAUUGUGAACCUUACACAGUCAUAUAAAUACCUGUUUCUGUAUUAUUUCUACUUCUGCUUCUACAUAUAGACCGCGACUUUGUUUCCUUUGUGUGUGUGUGAUUUUAAUAUUGCUUAAUUAAUUCAAAGAAGAAACACAUUAAAGACAUUUAUUCUGA